GUGGUUGUAGUGGUGGUGGUGGAGGUGGUAGUAGUGGUGGAGGUGGUAGUAGUGGUGGAGGUGGUAGUAGUGGUGGAGGUGGUAGUAGUGGUGGCGGUGGAGGUGGUAGUAGUGGUGAUGACAGAAGUGGUAGUGGUGGUGGUGGAGGUGGAGGUGGUAGUAAUGGUGUUAGAAGUGGAUGUGGUGGAGGUUGUAGUAUUGGUUAUGGCAAUAGUGACGGUUUUAGCAGCGGUAGUUGUGGCAGUAGUGGUGUUGAUGGAGGCGGUAGUAGUGGUCUUGGUGAAAGUGGUAGAAGUUGUGGUGGUGGAGGUGGUAGUAGUGGUUGUGGUAGUAGUGGUGGUAGUGGAGGUGGUAGUAGUGGUGGUGGUGGAGGUGGUAGUAGUGGUUGUGGUGGAAGUGGUAGUAGUGGUGAUGGUGAAGGUGGUAGUAGUGGUGGAGGUAGUAGUAGUGGUGGUGGUGGAGGUGGUAGUAGUGUUGGUGGUGAAGGUGGUAGUAGUGGUGGAGGUGGUAGUAGUGGUGGUGGUGGAGGUGGUAGUAGUGGUGGUGGUGAAGGUGGUAGUAGUGGUGGAGGAAGUAGUAAGGGUGGUGGUGAAGGUGGUAGUAGUGGUGGUGGUGAAGGUGGUUGUAGUGGUGGUGGUGAAGGUGGUAGUAGUGGUGGAGGUGGUAGUAGUGGUGGUGGUGGAUGUGGUAGUAGUGGUAGUGGUGAAGGUGGUAGUAGUGGUGGAGGUAGUAGUAGUGGUGGCGGUGGAGGUGGUAGUAGUGGUGAUGACAGUAGUGGUGGUGACAGUAGUAGUGGUAAUGAUGGUAGUAGUAAUUCUAGAGGCGGUAGGAACCACCCCCCCCCCCCCCCGCCCCACCUCCGUACAACCGUAACCUGUACGUCAGAAAGAGUAGGGAGAUUAAAGCCAGUGAAAUCACAUCCCUGA